GCCAGCCAUUGCCAAUUGAUACCCUCCAAACGGUCGCUCGGAAUCCGGCCUUGUUACCCUGCGUUUAUUUGCCCUUUUUUGAAUUCCGCUCCGGAGGCCAGGAUCUUAAAGAUGGCUACCGCACAAGGUGUCAACGUCCUUCGCUACUCGGCUCUCGUAGCCGGUCUCUUCUACGGUGCCUACCACCAAUCCUCGAUCACUGCCAGCGCGAAGCGUGCCGAAGCCGACCGUGAAUACGCCCGUCAGGAGCGCCUGAUCCAGCAGGCCAAGGCCGAAUGGAAGAAGAAGACGGCACCCAAGGACACACAGAACAGCGGAAUCAUCACGGACCCCGAGGACAGCCGGUUCGACCUUGAGGCCUACCUAAAGAUGAAGGCUGGGGAGAACUAGAGGAAUUGGAAGGUACAAAGCGAGAGGACGAGUGACAGCUGUUCUGGUACA